AUGUUGGAGGGUGAGCCAGUAGAAAACAUUGCCAAUCCGUCAUCGAGUCUCGGGAUAGGCCAGGAAGGCUUUGGGUCAUUCUCAGCCAGCCUAAAGUCUCCUGCUUUGCUCCCCGACGUGCUUGAGAUAUCAGGACAAGCACUGCAGGCUACUGAAAACGUGAUCAUGCUGCCCUGGGAGGAUACCCAAGAGCAGGUCGGGCCUGAGCAGAGAAAUUCAUAUCUCCCAGUCGAUCUAUCCUACCACAAUGAGUUCUUCAACACCGCAGUUGACCCUAUAAGCGGCAAGACCUUGUCACAGAUUAUAGCAGGCAAGAAACCUACAAGUCGAUCUAUAGCUGCGCUUCAAGAGUCGGAUCAAUCUGCCCUAAUGUUCCAUUCAGACGCGGCAUCUGAUGCCGACCCUCCCUGGAUGCUGCACUCCUGUUGCCAGUUCAUCGACAGUCAGGGCUUAUGGCAGCUGUCACCAAGCGAAGCCGCCUUCUUGGAGCAGCAGGGUUCGUUCCAUGUGCCGUCGCGCGCAUUGAUGAACGAAUUUCUUAAACAGUACUUCCGCAUUGUGCAUCCAAUUCUUCCCCUCAUUGAUGAAGGUGCCUUCUGGGCAUCCUACUUCCAUCCUUCUGGGAGAGACAUUCCAUUACUACUGCUCUACGCAAUGCUUUUUGCUGCAUGUCCUUACGUCUCACUACCUGAGCUUAAAAAGCUUGGGUUUCCUGGCGUGAAAGAAGCACGCAGCCAGCUCUACUCCAGAACAAAGCUGACGGUUGCCAAGGCUCUGUUCGAUUUGACAUGCCAAAGAGACAACAUAAUCAAGGCACAAGCCGCCUUAUUGAUGACGUACUACUCCCCAGAAGGCGACCGCAUGAUAAAUAGCUAUUGGCUCAGCACGGCCGUCCACUUUGCUCGGAGCGAACGGGCAGAUAAGUAUCACCUACCAAGCCACCAAUCUGGCAACUCGCAGACGCUGAAGAGGCUUUGGUGGUGCUGUAUCCUGAGAGACAGGAUCAUGGCGCUGAGUUUGCGACGGCCGGUCAACAUCCACGCCGACGAGUUCGACUUUGGCCAGCCUGGUCUGGAGAGGAGCGACAUUCAAAACGAGCUGGAGUGUCAGAGCGUCUACGAGAGAGAAACAAAGCAGGUCCUUGUCCACAUAUCAUCUGCACUGUGCCAGCUGGUGGUGAUCUUUGAUAAAGUAUUUGCCGUCCUUCGGCAUGGCUCCUCCACCACCUCCUCGGUCGGGGCAUCGGAAGGCAUGAUCCAGGAGGGCACAUUAUGCCUGGAAAUGCUCGACUUGUGGUAUGAGACCUCGAAGGCGACGGUGAAAUCUCCGGCUGAGAUAUCCGAGGGACAUCGCUUCGUCACAUUAUUCAUGAAGAUGAUUUAUAUUUACUAUUUUGUUGCCAAAGCAUCCAUCUGCCAUCAUGCUCUGCUGCUCUCUGUCAAGGCGAACAACGGCCUUUUCCCGCCCGGGGAGCAUCAGGUGCGCAGCCGGUUUAACAUGGAUCACUCCUUGCGAGGCAUCACGGAGAGCGUUCUCGAAUUGAACAGGCUUGAUCUGACGAGAUAUCUCCCCAACACAUUUAUUACCUUCCUCGCCCUCCCAUUCACAUGGCACAUCCUCGAGACGCAGAUGAUGAAGGGCACGUCCAAGUCCCAGGAGGCCCCGCGCAUCAUGAAGGCCUACACGAGCGUGAUGCGCAGCUUCAGGAGCACGUACGAGAGCGCCGACAGCACGCUCCAGUGCAUCCAGAAGGCGGUCGAGUACCUCAAGACGACCGAGAGCGUCGGCGCGGGCCCGAUGAUGCACGCGCCCAAGAGCACGCACCCCUUGCUCCACGAUGCCGUCUUUCCGCGAUCCCACCACGAGCAGGAGGAGAGGAGGCAAGAGGCCUCCGGGAAUGCGUGGGCGGACCUGGUCGUCUACGAGCCUCAGUCGUACAUGAGGAUCGCCAUGGUGGUCGAGUACUCGCUCGCGCAGUGCCACCCGCCGGACGAGAGCGACCUCGCGAGGGUGCUGCAGGCGUCGGCGGCGGACGGGCUGGUGGCGAGCAGUCCGGUGCUCGAGGGGGCGGCCGGGGCGCUGGCCUACUCGUUUGAGGACCUGACCAACAUCCUGUCCAUGGGGUGA